CUACCAUCCUGCUGCUUACCACCGCUCGACAUGGGUCGCGGAGUCCUGCUCACGUCCAAUCUCCCUCAGCUACAAAACCUGAUUAAACGUGAUCCAUCCGCGUACAAAGAGGAGUUCUUGCAGCAAUGGAAUCACUACAACAGUAUACGGCAGAUCUUCCUCAUAAACCCGGACGAGCAGGCUCAGCACUUUAGGGAAUUGGUAGUUUUCAUUGCUCAGGUGUCGCAAUGUUAUCCUAAAGAGACAUCCGAGUUUCCGUCUCACUUGUCUACGAUGCUCCUUGAAAACUACGGGACACUUUCGCCCGACACUCGAAAGUCUCUCGUACAAAACCUGGUCAUGCUUAGAAACAAGGAUGUCAUAACCUCCAUUGAACUCCUCAAAACCCUCUUCCCUCUCCUCCCGCGCACUACCUCGUCUACCCUCCGUGCCUUCAUCAGACGGACCAUCCUCUCUGACAUCCGAACCGCGAACCUUCGCACGAAGAAUCACAAACUCAACCGAGCCGUACAGGCGAUGCUCUUCGGCAUGGUAGAGCGCGGCAUGGACCAGGAGGUCGUCGGCGACAAGGGAAAGCUCCGCGCUGCCGCCGGUUCUUCUGCGCAGAACGCCUCCCAGAACGGUGGAGAAGCUAUGUGGGCUAUCGUUCUCACGAAGGAGUUGUGGAGGAAGGGCAUAUGGAAUGACACAAAGACGGUCUCUAUCGUCGCGCUUGGAUGCUUCCAUCCAGUCGUCAAGGUGCAGAGCGCGUCAUUGCAUUUCUUCCUUGGUAGCGACGAAGAGAGGGAGGACAGUGACGACGAGUCGGAAGAUGAGCCUAGCGUGAAAGGCUUAGUACACCGCAGAGAAAUCAACAAGAAGACCAGGAGUGGAGAUAAGAAAAUUAGGAAGACGAUAAAGUCCAUGAAGUCGAAACAAAAGAAGAAGGCGGACGCAAUAACAGUCAACUUCCCGGCUCUUCAGCUCCUCAACGACCCACAGACAUUCGGCGAGAAGCUCUAUGACAGCCUUAACCGCUACGACAAGCGGCUCUCCCUCGACCACAAAAUCCUCAUCAUGCAACUUCUCUCCCGCGUUAUGGGUGCGCACAAGCUCUGCGUGCUCGGCUUCUACACGUACAUCGUGAAGUACCUCACGUACCACCAGCUACGCAUCCCGUCGAUCCUCGUCGCACUCGCGCAAUCCGUCCACGACCUCACGCCGCCUGACGCUCUCACACCAGUGGUCCGGAAACUCGCACAAGAAUUCGUACACCCCGGCGUAGGCAGCGAGGUAAUCGCGGCAGGCUUGAACGCGAUUCGAGAGGUGUGUAGACGCCAGCCAUGGGCCAUGGAAGAAGAGUUGCUGGGCGACCUGGUCGAAUACCGGAAGAGCCGGGACAAGGCUGUGACUGCGGCCGCGCGUGGUCUGCUUCAGCUAUUCCGGGAAGUCAACCCUGGAAUGCUCAAACGGCGGCAGCGUGGCAAAGAAGCCAGCAUGAACAUCGCCGGCGGCAGUCAGCCAUUACCCUUUGGUCAUAGCACGGAUGCGGCGGUGGACAUCGAGGGCCUUGUGCUCCUCGAGGAUCAUCUCAAGAAGCUGCGUGAAGAGGAAGGCGCCGCGUCAGAUGCUGAGAACGAAGACGACGGGGCUGGCUGGGAUGGUUGGGACAUUGAGUCAGACUCGUCAGAAGAUUCAGAUGACUCUGGCGGGUGGAUCGACGUGGAGUCAGAAGGGGCUGAUGACCUUGACAUCAGCGAUAGCGAGGACGAAGCUGAUAAGAAGGAUGCAAAAGGCAAGAGCAAGGUCAAAGACAACGAUGAGGCCUCGAUCCCAGCUGAAGAGACCGCCGAGGCAAGAAUAUCAUUACUUGCCACCACUAAGAUCCUUACGCCUGCUGAUUUUGCACUGCUGAAUGAUCUUCGCAUAGAAGCAGCAACUAAGGCUGCCGAGAACGGCGGUGGUUCUUCAGCGAAACGGAAGCUCGCCACGCUGGAGGCCAACAAGAAGGCUAUGUCGCAGACAGGGAACAGCGCGGACACCUUCAUCUCCGAGGACGACAUUCUUGGGCCCCGCAAGAAGGCAAAGGCCGACUACGCCGAGCGCAUAGCCUCUAUUGAGAAGGGCCGAGAGGGGAGGGAGAAGUUCGGUUCUCUCAAAGGCAAGAAGAACAAGGCCGCGCCGAGCAGUUCUACGAACAGGGAGAAGGCAAGGAACAAGCCUAUCAUGAUGAUUCUUGCCAGCGGGGCGGUCAGAAGUAAGAAGAAAGCGUCGCUCAGGGAGAAGCAGCAAAAGCUCAGAGCGCACAUCGACCGGGCAAAGAAAGGUCAUCACUGAUUGUCGCCUCGGAUCCAAUACAUGUUCGUCAUUUGAACCAUGGGCACUCGGAGGACGGGGAAGAGACCGCGUCUCGCGUGAUGUGCUGUGUGCAAGAUUUAUCGUCUCCCAUUUUGUCAGCGCUCCAGCGUUCUCAUCGGCCUGUGAAGCGCGAAGGUGAGGCAUUCAUCCUAGAUCGUAUCAGCCCUUCGACGCGGACGCUCUGUGUGCAGUAAACCGCACCUGGGAAAUCGCCAAGGAGGUUUGCUUCAUGUGUUGUGCGUAUGGAUCAUUGAGGCCAUAGCAUUGGAUGUCACUGGAUGUCACUGGUACCGGUGAUUGAAAACUGGAUAUGACAGACUCACUGCGCGCUCCGUCGG